AUGUCUACCACUUCAGACAAGGAAAUAGCUGGAGAAUCAUAUCCCGGUCAUUCAAAAGCUGUCAAAGUGCUCCCACCGUAUGCGAAAAUCUGGGAAAGAAAUAACGGUGCCUGGAGCCAACGCUUUUUGUUGGAAGUAGAAAAAUUGGGGACAGACGUAAUAGAAAAGGUGAUGUGUCCUUUAAUUCUCAAGGAAAGAAUGAAAGGGCUACUCUUGAUGCGUAAAUCCCGGAUAGAGUAUGGGUGCCCUCCCGCCCGAGUGAUGGUUAAAAACGAGCUCAAAGAUGUGCAAUAUUUGAAAGCAUUCUGGACAUCAAUAAUUCAUCAACGGAAUCAGUUAUCCGUCAAGGAAAUUUUUGAUGAUGGGUCCCUUCACCUUGUAGAAAUUGCCGGAAGAUCACAAAUUCAAGAAAUCGAGAAUUUGUACGAUCUGCCAUCAAUAAAAGAGCAAACAAAAAACGUGGGUGAAGAGAUCCAAGAUAAAUUUCAGCCACCAUCAAAAAGGCUAAGAAAAGAUGAUCCAGAAAAGACACCAGAGUUGGAAGAAGCCUUGGAUCAAAACCAUGAUGAAAUUGACAACGAGCAUUUAAAAUUUGUACUGCAGUUUUGUGUGCCUGAUAAAACUGAAGCCAAAGCUCAUAAUCCUGAAUCCGCCAAAUCUGUGAGAAAUGAUCAAAAACAUAAUGAGUAUAUUACCGCUAUUAAAGCUGUCGAAAAUAUCCAAAAAAGAAACGAGUUUGCACAUAAUAAUCCACUCUGGUGGGGUGUUUUAGAUUUUCGUGAGGAGAAUAUCUCCCCUUGCCCAGAUCAUCCACGCGCCAAGAAUUUUCUUCCAGAAGGCGAAAUUAAUCAUUUAAUGGAUAAAUUAAAAGAUACAAUUAAAGAGGAAAAAGCAAAGAUCAAUAAAUCAGUUGAAUCUUUUUUAGAGGCCUUGUCAUUAUCGGAUAUUAUUAGCAUCCAUCAUCUUGCUAAAGAAUGUGGAGCCCGUGGGGUUUUUGGAGUGCGCAACCUAUUGCAAAAAUCAUCCGAAGAAAUGCAGGACUGUGAUAAACGAAAUAUCCAAGAUUUUCUCGUAAAUGUAGAUGUUGAGGACGAUGCUACCAUUUAUGUUGGAAAAUGCAUAGAUGAUGUGUGGAUUAGUCGUUUUUCCGGAAAAUGUCAAUCCGAGCGAACCGUUGAUAUGUUUAUUGUUGGACCCUAUGCAAAAACGCCUUGUACUCUUUUUCUAUAUGGUGAAAAUAGAUCAGAAGCUGAUCGCGAGGAUAAAGUAGAACGUUCCGGAAAUAGCCGUGUCGGAAAAGCAUGCGACUACUUAUAUUGGUGUUCGUCCCGGGAAUCGGGAAUCGGAGAAAAUAGUGGACCAGCCCACAAAGAUAACCAUGAUAAAUCGAUCACCAACUUCAUUGAAAUAAUUAAAGUUGCAAAGUCGCAACACAAGAAAUUUAAAAAUGCUAUAAUAGAACAAUGCGGUUUUAAACCUCUUCCCGAAAAUUUACAGGAAGGAAUGAAAUCCAUUUUUAUACCUUGUUUUCAAGUUAUUUGUAUGAAAAUCAGAUUUUACCUUCUUUUCCAAAUAAAUGGUGACCUUUAUGGUAUCUGGGAUUGGGCCUCCGAAUUAUUACCGGCAAAAGACGAAGAUAUCGGAGAAGUUGUUUUAUUAUGCAGAGCAUUUUUAAUCCAUGCUAAACUUGUAGAACGGGUCGGAAGAAUGACAAAUAUUUUAUUCAAAAGGGCUAAAGUAUUUAAAUUUAUUCCUGAAGAGUUUUCCCAAGAAUCUGUAAAAUUAGACCAACAACAAACCCCACAGAAAAAAACUAAUCGGCAAGAACGCGAAAC